UGGCCUUCUUCUGUACCGUAAAUCCUUUCCGUCGGUUGCCGCUUCCGUUUUUUUUCUACCCCGCAUCACAAAAGCCUAUUUAAAAUCUAUUACGCCUAGCGCCAUCCCUUCGAGACUUCGAGACGUCCUUGUUCCCUUCAGGGCAUCAUCGUUUUUAACGCCGCUGCUCUUCAGUUCCUUCGUAACCUUCGCCCGCAACAAACGUACCGACUUUCUCAAUGGAGGAUGGUGGCCAUACUGUGCAUUCUGAUCCUGCUGUUCACUGUCUGCUCCGGACAGCUGGCAAACGAUACUUCCAUUGAACUGAUCGAACGAAUGGCAGAACCAACUGUUCCUCCAACGCAGAUUGGUCAGUGGAACAGGUUGAAGCAUUCGUCCAUGUAUUACGGUGGUAUCGCGCAGGAUCAAACGGCACUGUCCAAUGUGAAGGUGAACCGUGAUUCGCUUUCUUCGCGCAUGACAUCGGGCGUUGUCGGUGGCGUCAAGAUCAUCAUCUACCUGUUUCGACUGAUUGGCGAUUUUCUGCGCAAGUUUGGUGCCGAGCUGCGUGUGGCCAAGUGUCUGCUGAUGUAUUCGUUCACGUUUCAACCGUUCAGCUCGAAGAUUGCGGGCGGCUCGCUACAGAGCUGGUUGGCCGGUUACUUCGGUGCGGAGGAUGCACGCGACCUGUACCACUUUCUGUCCCGUAACGUGUUCGGAGUGCUGGGAUUGUCGACGGAUUGAUUAAGACGGAGAGCUGAGACGCAGAGGGCUUUGGGUUGGAAAAUUGUAUUACACUUUAUUACAAAGUUUAACUGCUCGACGAUAUGGUGUCCCUAGUGGACCCGCAAUUCGCUCCGUAGACUAACAACACUACGGUUGUACGAAUUUGGACGAUCGUUUUUGUUUUCUGCCUACAAAUAGUAAAUAUAUAUUUAUAUGUCCUACACAUAUCAUUUAGAUCACUA